AUGGUUUCUGCUCGCCCCAAUGCCCUGCAGGCCAUGCAGAACAGUGGAACGGUAUUGAUUGCCGAUACAGCAGAUUUCCAGCAAAUUGCCAGAUUUCGACCAUCAGAGGGAACGACAAAUCCGUCACUUCUCCUUCUUGCAGCAAAAGAAACUGCCUAUUCUGGUCUGAUCUCCCAAACAUCGGCCUACUUGAAGUCGCUCGACAAUGCACAAGGUUGCGAAGAACUAGCAGUGGAAUACCUGGCUGUGCUAUUCGGGACUGAGAUAUACAAAUUGACGGGGCGAGUUUCUACAGAGGUUGAUGUGAUCUAUUCGUUUGACACCGCCCAAACAGUUGCAGCUGCUCUACGCAUCAUUCAACUCUAUGCCACCCAAGGAGUUCCCAAGGAAGCUGUCCGGAUAAAAAUCAGUGCUACAUGGGAGGGUAUUGCGGCUGGAAAAAUACUACAGGAGCAACAUGGGAUCAGUGUUUUGAUCACGAUUGUGUUCGGCCUCGUACAGGCAAUCACAGCUGCUGAAGCUGGCGUGGAUUGCAUCGCUCCUUACAUUGGACGUAUCAGUGACUGGCACAAGGCACACGGGUCUUCUCAGGGAACGGACGGUGGUGUUGAGACGGUGACCCAGAUGCAGAAUUAUCUGCGGAAGUAUAGCUACAAGACGAAGGUGAUGGGAGCGAGUUUUCGUAGCACGGCGCAAGUAAAGGCAUUGGCGGGAGUGGAUCUCUUAACCAUCUCGCCUACGAUCCUGGAAGCAUUGGAAAAGGAGACGGAAGACGUGCCCAUUAUGCUCACAGAGCAAACAGGUGGGCUUGCACAUUUGCAUUAUAUUCCGUGGAACUCUAUUAACAUUUAUACAGCUAAAUCCUGCGUCGCACAACAAGUUUCGUACCUUAACAAUGAAGCGGCCUUUAGGUGGGCUUUUAAUAAGGAUGCAUGUGCGGUGGAAAAAUCAGCGGAGGCCAUGCGAAAGUUUGCAGAGGAUACUGAACGUCUUAAGGAACUUCUGAGAGGUCUAUCUUAA